AUGGAGGGGAAUAGAAAGUUGUUUCUUGGACGUUUUCCAUCGGAAAUGAGAGAAUCUGAUGUACAAGAGAUGUUUAGUAAAUACACAAAGAUUGAACGUAUUGAUAUUAAAACUGGAUUUUGUUUUGUUGUUUGUGAAACAGAGGAAGAUGCAAAAAAAAUAAUCGAAUUAUCUCAAACUACUCCUUUUAUGUUCCAUGACAAAAAAAUUAAUAUUGAACUCAGCAGACAGAACAAUUCAAGUAAAGAGUGUUAUGUUUGUCAUCAACAAGGACAUAUCGCUCGUAAUUGUCCGAAGCAAUCAGGAAGAAGGUAUGAACGUAAUAGAUCUAGAAGAAGACGUUCGAGAAGUAGAUCUCCAAGUAGUAGAAGUAGGUCUCCAAGUAGUAGAAGCCGAAGUAGAUCACCAAGAAGUAGAAGUAGGUCAUCUUCAAGAAGAAGAUAUCGUAAAAGUACUAGUUAUAAAAGAAGAUAUUCAUCAAGAAGUAGAUCAAGAAGUAAUUCUAGAAGACGUUCAUAUAGUAGGUCAAGAAGCAAUUCUAGAAGUAAAUCUCGAAGUAGAAGUUAUUCUCACAGAAGUCAACAUAAUGACCAAUCCCCAAGAAACUAA